AGGAAUAAGUAAUGAUAUGGGUCUUAAUGAUAACUCAUAAUACGGCGGAAAUUGUAUAUAAAUGCAUGAUUAAAAAAAAGAUUUGUGUAGAUUUAAUACAUUUAAAGGGUCAAAAUGUUUAAAUGUUUAAAUGUUUAAGUUACAAAUCUGUCAAACAAAUUGCAACAACAUUUCACAAGUUCAUUCUGAUUAAGUAAUUCAACAGCAGCUUCAUUCUCAUAAAUCACUUCAUGUGAACAAUCGUCUCACAUGUGUCUCAUUAAAUUAUAUUUAAAUCCUCACCACAAUAAAUAGACAAUAAUCGAAUGAGCAGCAACAUGCAAGAACCAUCAGACUAACAACUAUUUUAGCAAAAGGUGACUAAAAAAACUAGUCGUCUUGUCAGUCAACACUCAAGAUUUACUGCACAUCAGCAACCACCACUUACUACCUGCUGAGAUGAAUUGUGAUGAAUUGGACACAUCCAGUCGUCUCAAUUUUUUGCUGUCCUACUUCAAAUUUAGUUUAGACAGUCGUUUUGGUACAAAGUGAUAUACUCGCUAUAUAAAUUUUGGCAGAUUGUCCCUGUCCUGUCCUCCAGUGUACGACGACUUAAUCUCGCAAAAAGGAGUAUUGAUUUUGAUUGGUUUGACACUGCCAAUUUGUGCACACAAUCAAGUCACAAGAUUGAACUUAAGCAAGACAAUAAUGGGAUUAAAAUUAAAUUAAAAGUUAACCAAAUCCAAUAUAGAAGAUGACUCGAGGGAAUUUGAGAUUCAGAGAAUUGAUCAUUUCUUGCUUGGACGAUGAGAUGAUGAUGGAUGACAAUUUAAGGACUCGCCUAUACAUAUGAUUGAUUAGCGACAGUGUCAACUGUAUUAAAAUUCAUGCCUAUAUCUCACUCCUCACUAAUUUAAUUGGUAGACAAUGCAUUUUCAAUCAAGAGUCAAGGACCAAGCUGUGAAGAAGGGGAUGACAUUAUGGAGCAGCAGGACAAAGUGUGAUUUUUGGAUACCGCACAUUUUCUUUAGCGUCACUACUUACUCUCAAGCAAUUAAGAGAAUCAAUACGGCUGUCAUCUUGUACUUCUUGCUAACGUAAACGUAACAGAUGGUGGUUGAAAUGAUGAAAAAAAACAUGAUUGAGGAUGUCAUUUCCCGUAUUUUUUCGUCUUCUUCACCACCACGUCGUAGGAAAAUAUGAAGGGAUGCACCGGAACGGGAAGAUGAUGGUAAUAUUGUCGCAUUGAUCACGACAUUUACUUUACUGCUCAUCCGCCCCAAACUGGAUAAGGAAGGAACCUCGUAAAACACAAGGAGAUCAUAAUUCUGUCGUCGUCGUUUAUUAAGACGUUGGUACUGAAUCUCAACCCGGAAUUGAAAAAAAUGGGUUUCUUAUCCAUCUUCUCGAUAACCCCGCUCAACACUGUCGUCACCUACUUUUCCCUCUUUCUUCUCCUCAAUAUAUCCAUCGUCAGCAUGUACGAGCCUGGUUGUUCGAAGCCCUUGGGACUGAUGACUGAUUUGAUAGAAGACUGGCAAUUGUCCGCCAGCUCGGUGAGCGAUGAACCCUCUUGCCAAGUAAAGUACGCAAGGUUGCAUCAACCGGGAAGUCGGGCUUGGUGUGCCAAAAACUCAGGUCAAGGAGAAAGUCAUUGGAUUCUGAUAGAUCUCGGUGUGACCACGGUUGUGUCGGGAUUACUUCUUCAAGGUCGUGGCGACGAGGCCGAGUGGGUUACAAGUUUCUCUCUGGCGACAAGUCAGGACGCGUACAAGUGGGAUUUCGUGCAUGAUGUUUACGGCAAGAAAAAGACCUUUCGUAGCAACACUAAUUCCCAUCACAUUCGAAGCAUUUGGCUCGACACACCCGUCACGACCAGAUUUGUACGGAUUCAUGUCUUGGAAUGGCAUACAAAUCCGUCGCUACGUCUGGAAAUUCUCGGCUGUCAAGAAUGUAAUGCAAUUUUAAGCGGACCUGGAAUUGGAUCGGGUUUAACAGCCUCCACAUUUGCGCCGUGGGUAAAGAAAAACUCGUGUCAGCCGGAAGAUGGUCACAUUGAUUCACACCGAGCUUGGUGUUCCAGGCAUAAUAAUGCCCAUCAGUGGUUACAAUUUGAACUGGGAGCACCAACCACAGUCACCGGACUGGUAACGAAAGGCCGAGGAGAUACAGGACGCCGCCAGUGGGUCACAUCGUAUUCGCUCUCCUUCUCUAAUGACUCUGCGCUGUGGUACUACUACAAAGAAACGAACCAUCUAAUUCCAAAGAUUUUCGGUGGCAAUAUGGACAAAAACACGGAGAGAAAGCACUACUUUAAUUCCCCCUUUGUCGCCCGAUUUAUACGGAUUCAUCCCAAGCAAUGGCACAAUCACAUCUCUCUCCGGGCAGCCGUUCUGGGUUGUCCGUCAAGAUUGUGUCCGCCAAACUUUUUUCGGCUCAAUAUGUAUGCUCCGUGCGUCGAAAACUUGGCAUACAAGAAGGACGUUUGGUCCAAUGACAAAAGACAUUUUUGGAAGGACUGGAAGUAUGGCCAUGCAUCACUCGGGGUGGAUGGCGAAGAUGACGUAUUGCUUCCGAAAUGUGCCAUAAUGGACAACUAUUAUGCCGAACAUCCCAUCUGGAUGGUUGAUCUCGGAGAGAAAACGCAAGUUUCCGGUGUGGUUGUCCUCACUUGGCAGGGUGAUGGGCAAGACAAAGCGACCAGUUAUCGGGACUAUGUUCUAAAUUUGGACCGUCUCACGGUCUAUGUGAGCAAUAAACCUCGCCUGGAUUCUCCCGACGUUGAAAAGGAGCCGAAAUGCGGAACGGUUUCCAGAGUCAAUAAUGCCCUCUUCCAUCCCAAAUUGGGAUUCGAAUGUCCCCAGUCUGAAAAUGUGGGGGGGAUUCGUGGCAGAUAUGUUUACAUUCAAUCUACACCCGUCAUAAAUCGGUGGGGAAGACUGUUCAACACGAUCCUGUGCGAAGUGUAUGUUUACUAGUGGAGAAAGUGCGUGGUGAAAGGAGUGAUUGAAAUUUUGUGGUUGGAGAAAGUCUGAUAAAUGUGUGAAUUUUAUGUCAACUUUACUCGUUUUCAGAGUGGAAAUUCUUGAACUUUAUACACUAUCACUUUUUAUUUAUGUUUGCCGUAAACUCUUUCUCAAUUAAAGUGAGAAAACAGGCUUAUAAACUUCAGAGUUUCAAAUGUUAUUAUUAUUCGGAUAUUGAUGGAAAACCCAUGAAAAAUGUGGUUGUAUAUACGAUUGUGUUCAAUGGUUAUUACUACAGAUAGCGAGUCAUGGUAAAUACAUAAAUGAUGGAGUACUCAGUUAUGCAACGUUUUUAUUUUUGUAUGUGCAACUAUUUCCAGCUUAUAGAAUGGUCUUGUUAUGUACGUGGGUAUGUAGAUGAGAAAGGAUGAUAUUCGCGACAAAGUCAUAUUAUACGUAAUUGCAAAAAUCGUAGAAAAUGGUUGGGUAAUUAGUUUUACAGAAGCGUACUAAAUAUCUAUAUGUUAUUGGUAUUUGUUUGUUUACUGAUUUUGUUUCAAAUAUAAGCUUGGAUUUAGCAGCUCACAUUAACAAAUAAGAUAAACCAGUCAUUUUCUCCAUAUAUUUGUUAGAAAUCUAAGAAUUUUUAGAUUUUAAAGAGUGCAAUCGCAAAAAUAUUAAUAAAAAGAAAUUAAUAAAAACAGGAAUUUAAUAAAA